GGGCGGAAGUGACGUUAGCGGAAGUCAGAUGCCGACUCCAGAUAUUGACUGAGGCAGAAGAAGGUGAGAGCGGAGAAGGAGGGAAGAGGUGUCGUCCCUUCCGGCCGCAUCUUGAUCAGCAAGAAGAGUGACUGGCGCUUAUCCCUGAGACGCAUACGAGUCAGACAUGCUGAGGAGCUUCGCCCGGCUGGCUAAGGGGCUCGCUCGCUGGGGGGCCCCCAGAUGUGGUCCCCCGGGAGCAGAAGCAGCGUCUCGAGGAGUCUUGCCUUCUUCCCAGAUGCCGUUGUGGAAAGCCGCAGCACUAUUCCACGAGUCUGAGCAUGCAAAGGACUAUGCCAUCCCCAACGCCAGCUGGACUCCAGAGAUGGUGAAUCAGUUCAACAGAUUCAUGGCGAUGGCGAAAGACGGAACGUGGAAAAGGCUGCCUUCUUAUAGGAAUGUUGCAGAUCACGUUCCAGUAAGGAUGAGGCAAGGGAACGAGCUAAAGGACAGAGCCAGCCGUCUCUUCCUCAGGAACCUCGACGAGGAAGGCAUGGGCUUUGAAUACGCGAUGUUUCUCAACCUGUCGGAGAAAAGGAUGGUGUCCAUGUUCCAGCUUGGUCCCUACCUCGAAGGGCCUCCAGGGUUUGUACACGGCGGCUGCAUUGCCACCAUCCUGGACAGCGUCCUUGGCACAUGUGCCAUCUUCGUCGCUGGCAGGGUGCUGACCGCAAACCUCACCAUAAACUACAAGAGCCCUAUCCCGCUGGGCUCCGUAGUCUUGGUGGAGAGCAAGCUGGACCGGAUAGAGGGCCGGAAAGUGUUUGUGACGGGGCAUGUGCAGAGUGUCGAUGGGCAGACGGUUCACGCAGAGGCCACAGCUCUCUUCAUCCAGUUCCAGUUAAAGGACUCCAUCCAGCAGCAAGCCUCUUCCAAAUAGCACGCCAGAGGAAGUCCAGUCUUUCCCCCCGAAAGCUGAUCAUCUUGAACAGGUCCAGUCCAAUGCCUAGCCUUAAGCACUUGAGCCUGGGGAGACUGACCUCUGCAAAAGCAUUUUGGCUCCUGAACCAACUCUGCGCACUUUGGCAAGCGUGCAUUUCCUCUUCCCACGUUUGACUGCAAAGUGCGUCCUGUCUUCUUGGCCAGUAUCUCCUCAACGUAGCCCUAGGGCUGUUCCUGCUACACAGAACUCUCAGAGCUGAACCGUGGCAGCUCUUUCAUAUACCAUUCUCCACGAUGCAGUAUUGAACUUUAAAGCAGUGUUUUCCGGCCUUUGUCAAGCUAAGCUCGCCUGCUAUCAACAAUGGGUUUCCGCUUCCUCUCUCGUUCACCUGUCUGCCUCCGAUUGCCAACAAACCUACUCAGCUUGUCCAGAAAACACAGCACCUCUUUCAGGAAGGAAUCUUGCCUCUCUACCUUGAGGGAAAUCAUCAUCCUCAAACCUUUUAUUGGCAUCACAUACAACAUCCAAACAAAUCAAUACAGAAUUACCACUUCCCCAGUGGCACAAAACAUUUGCUGAAAGAAAGGAGGCAGAGCAGUCUAUCGUCACA